AUGCCUCUCCCGGGACACGCGCCGAAGUCGGGCGCCAUCUCGGCCGUCAACGCCGCCGCCACCUUCAGCAGCGUCGCCCGGCAGGCAAAGGCGGCGGGCAUCAACCGCGACGAGCUCCGGGAGGAGCUCGGGCGCCUCCGCAACCAGCCCGGCGCGGGGGCUGCGUCCGCCGUGGUCGCCGCGUCCACGGGCCAGCGGACGUCCGUCGAGGCCAGCUGA